AUGUUCGACACUCCAAUCUACGACGCAAAGGCCAUUCGUGAGAUGCAAGAGAUCCUCCCGGGUCUGUUCCUCAGCGGAUCAAGACCUUCAGAGUCGCGGGAGUGUCUUAAUGAAAAAGGGAUCACCCAUAUUCUUCAGAUCACAGAUAUCAAUACCCCUCGGUUCCCAGGCGAGUUCAUCUACAAGAUCAUUGCGGUACCGGAUAUGGACGAAACCAACCUCAUCAAGCAUUUCCCAGAUACUCAUAAAUUCAUCGAUGGAUCGCUCGGAAAGGGAGGCAAGGUCCUAGUGCAUUGUAUGGCAGGAGCAUCUAGAAGUGUAACGAUUGUGUGUGCGUACCUGAUGAGGACUAAGAACGUAUCUGCCGCAGAAGCACUAGCUGUUGUUCAGGCUCUAAGGCCCAUUGCAGGACCGAAUGAUGGAUUCAUGACCCAGUUGAAUCUCUAUAGCGACAUUGAAUUUGACGUCAACACAAACAGGACAGAGUACCGUCGCUUCUUAAUCGCCUCUAUGGCCGCACAGCGAGAGAUGUUCGGAUACAUUGAUGAUAUGACAUUGGCUGCAGAUCCCCUGGCUGCAAGGUCACAACCUUCCGCAGCAACAUCAUCAUCAUCAUCAUCAGCAGCAGUAGUAGCAGCAGCAUCGACUCUACCGCAACAUCCUCUCAAAUGCAAAAAAUGUCGUCGCGCACUCGCCGCCCGCGAUAAUGUCAUUUCGCACACCCCAGGUCAGGGUCAGAACGCAUUCGAGUAUCGGAAAAGGGAUGCGACCCUCCAUUUGUCCCAGGCGAUCCAGUCUGAUAUUUCGACCAUCCAACCACAGUCCUCUAUCAUCUGCCAGUCCCAUUUCAUUGAGCCCGUCGAGUGGAUCCAGGGACUUCACGGACUCAAUGGCAAGAUCGCCUGUCCCAAAUGUGACUCCAAGCUAGGAACCUUCAACUGGUCGGGCGAGCAAUGCUCCUGCGGAACAUGGGUCACCCCUGCAUUCAUGUUGCACAAAGGAAAAGUCGAUGGUUGA